GAGGGGAGAGGGGGGUCUCUCUUUAUAACCACCUCCUCUCCGCCAUAUGUACACUUUCUGUUCGUCCUCCUCGCGAAAUGAUGUGGAGGAGCAGCUGUGUAUUGUUGUUGUUGGCAACAUUGAGUGUUGCCCAGCAACAGAGCCAGGCUGACCGACAGAUCCGACUGGAGGAUAUUGAGAGAGACAACCUGGCAGCCAGUCAGAAGACAACAUCACCCACCUCGUCACAACAGACCCAGCACCAGCAGCCCUCUCAGCAACCGCAGACUCUGACCCAGCAGCAGCUAGCAGCAGCUUACCAGCAACACCUGCUACUACAGCAGCUCCAACAGCAAUACUUCGCCCCUAGUCCUCUGGCUUACAGCAACUUUGGAGGAGUCCCACUGAUGAUCAUCCCCAGUAACCAGUUGGGUGUUGGUGGUCCUGUGGGUGUCCCAGUUCAAGCGUACUUUGUCCCGGCUGACCCUCAAUACCUACCACAGUACCAACCUCAGGUAUACCAACCGUACCAACAACCGGCACAGCGCUACCAACCACAGCCACAGCGGGUACAGUCACCACAGAAACUACAGCCUGACAUAAAUUACAAUUCAGUCCAGGCCGGCGUGCACCAAACUUACAGGCAGCCACAGAACUACCCUUCUGCAAGCAUUGUAUACGCAGGAACUCCUCAGGUCUCUACUUAUCAGCAGCCACAGACUUACCAACCACAACCCAGUCAACAGCAACUCUACAAUGCUUACAAUGCUAUUUAUCAACAACGCCAAGAGAAAAACUCAUUUGGUGCUGGAGUCAAGUCUACCCCUGCCCCACCUCUGAAGCCACAGAGUCAAGUCUACAAUGCACAACAAUCCAGUCCAGUGUAUUCUAACUACAAGAACUUCAACUACAACCAAUGAAACUUGUAUAUGAAUGCCAAGUGAUAACUAUUAGAGAAAUACUCAGUAGCAUUAGUACAAAAUGAAUUAUUAGGAACUUAGAAUUUAAUUAAAAUCAAUUUUUACUUUUUUAUCAUGAUAAAUUUAAUAACAUAUUAUAUGAUAUUUACAACAAAAUGUAGCCAUACAGUUUUCAUAAAAUCUGAAGAUGUUUUCUAUAUUAUAUAAUAGAACUGAAGAAAGAAGAAUACAAGAGUUUUUAUACUAAGCACAUACGAAGCACUCAAACUAGUCUGUUGUAUAUAGUUUUAAUUGUUAUUCUUUAGUUUUUAGUAAAUAAAUGACUGACUUUUCUAA